GGAAAAUCUUAGUGCUUUUACGCAUCAUUGUGGGGCUCAUGGUUUGAUUUUUGCUAGUACUUAUGAGAUUUAUCCCACACACACAAAUUGGAGACCUUGAUUACUUACCUGAUACUACAGUUGUUGUUAUUGGUGGUAUGAGUUUUCAUGGAGCAAUGAUAGCUGAGUAUUUGCGCAAAGAAGAUUACAAAGUUAUUUUACUUGAAGAUUCUCUCAACAUUGCACCUGUUCCACUCAAAUGGGAUCGUUGGUCACAGUUAACAGUUGAUAAAACUUUUGUUGAUUUCUCUGAUGAAGCUAAACUAAAAAUGAGUUUACGUGGUGCAGCUACUGUGUUGUAUGUACCUACAGGAUUAAUAGACAUGGAAACGAUGACAAAUGACCCCAUUAAACAAUAUCAGUUAGGAUCAUUGACUUUGGCACACUUUCAAAAACUUUUACUUCUUAUUUCAAAAGUGCCUUCCAUCGAUCAGGUCAUAUUGCUGUCCACAGUUGAUAAAGUUUCGAGCUCAAGUUUAAUUCACAAGACUUGGCUUUCAACCCUAGAACAGCUAUAUACUCACUCAUAUCACAGUAAUGUUUUGAAGACAGGUGCAGCUUUGAUUAAAGUAAAUGGAGUCUUUGGUCCAUGGAAAGAAACUGAUAAAUUUUCUAAUGCUUGUUGGUAUAUUAAAAGUGUGGUUCACCUUGUUAGAAAAAUAACUCAUGCCAUUUCACCUGGAUUUGUGACGCAUGAUUUCACUACUGAGUGUCAAAAAGACAAAGAAGGAGAACCUGUUACAACAUCAUGGAAUAAAAGUUAUACAAGAAGCCUCAAAAAGAAAAAAUAUGUAAUUUCGGGAGCUGUGUUAAUUUUUAAUGAAACUAAAGCUUAUUGGCCGUCUCAUGUUCAUUUCAAUGAUCAUAAAUACUUUAGAACUUUUCUUAUAUCAGCAAUGAGGAGUGCUCCUGAAGCAGACAUUCUUAUUAUUCAUAAUACAUUGAGUGAUGAUGUUGUCGAGAAGCUUCUAGUUGCAUGUCCAUCAUGCCAAUUUAAACAUGAAGACCCUGUAAAUAUGCGCAUUUCCCACGAUCAAAGACUGUACCUUCUUUAUGAUUAUUUGCUGGAUAACCCCGACAUAAAUUAUUUGGUGAUCUCAGACAUUCGUGAUGUUUCUUUUUUCGCUGAUCCAUUUCAGUAAUGAAAGAAAUCGGUGACUACAUCUACACUGGU